AUGGUAGCAUGCUCAGUCGAGCCCGCUCCUCGUAAAACAGCCCUCAAGUCUGAGCAGUUCGAGCAGAACAUCACGAAGCGGGGCAGAGCUUCUCAGGGAAAGAAGAAGGAGAAGUAUCCAGUGGGGCCUUGGGUUCUGGGUCUGUUCCUAUUCGUGGUCGUCGGGUCUGCGGUGUUGCAAAUUAUAGCAUCGGCUCAACGCGGCGGGUUCUUCUAA